UGCCUAUUUAUACCGCGGCGGCCAGCACGGUGGCGGGGACGACGACGGACACAGCGCCUGUUUCAGCACCGCGAAGAACCCAAUUCCUUAAUUGAAGCAUAUCGGGGCUGAGAUUCUCUCAGAUUCAGGCCAUGGCUUCGAUAUCGACUUGGUUCCGAUACUUGGCUCACAAGCUCGAGUACUCCCUCACCCUCAGCGUCAAGAGUUAUCGGAAAGAGAAGAUCAGUGAUCGGGAACUCCUUGGUAUAGUUUGUAAGAAUCUGUUUCACGGAAGGUUAACCUACUUACACUGGGAUAAAGGACAAGAGAUGGCUCCAACCAUGGCAACACAUGGAAAUACUCUACUUGUUCGAAAGCUACCAAUUCCUGAUGCAAGGUAUGUUUUCGUCGGAGAUGCUGUUAUCUUGAAAGAUCCGAACAAAUCAGAUAAGUAUCUGGUCAGGAGAUUAGCAGCCAUUCCAGGGUGUGAAAUGGUAUCCACUGAUUUGAAAGACGAACCUUUUGUUCUCGAGCAUGAUCAGUGCUGGGUUGUAGCUGAAAACCAGGAGUUGAAACCUAAGGAAGCCUAUGACAGUCGUACUUUUGGUCCGAUUUCCAUGGGAGACAUAGUUGGCAGAGCGAUAUAUUGCCUCCGGACAGCCGUGGAUCAUGGUCCGGUGAAUAACAGUUGCGACGCCAUACACGAGGAUUCGUCGGUACUGGCAGUAGAACUCGAUGUGGAGGAGAUGACGAAAAACCACAAGGCGUGAAAACAGUCGUUCCUAACGAAGGAUUGCCAUUUUUUUUCCUGCUUGCACCACCCUGGUUUAUUUCCGUUCUAUCCACAAAUCCGAUGCCAAUGGGAAAACAAUAAGGUUACAGUUAUGGUAAACUCCGAGUUUGAAUCUAAGAAGACGAUUUGGAAACAGUUUGUAGCUUGGAGGCAGAGAGUGGCAAUUGUUGUCUGUUGGUUCUUAA